ACCCGCGCGCACUGGGUCCGUGUGAGCAGGCGCGCGGGAUGUAAUGGUCCCAUUUCUACUGAGUGAGUGAGUCGAACGGAUUCACUGGAGAAAACUCACAGCAGCAGGACUUGUUUUAGACACUCAGUAAACAUUUGCGUCCAGUUUAACUCGUGUUUGUUGGAAACUAAACGAAGACAGACGGACAUUCGGGGGUAAAAGUGGAGUUUUUCUUUUGACAGCUGCGCACUGAAGCCCCGACUGACAAACAUCAGUGAGCUGUCACCGUUCAGCUGCCUGAGGACUGACCAGCCGUGCAUCCUGACUGUCUCUGCCGUCGUUUGUGUCUGAACGCCCACAAUGGCUUGGGGGGAAUUCAACUGGUGGGUCCCCUGCUGACAGCCUCGAUCCCCAGAUAUCCGCCCUUACUGCCUCCUUUCCUGGUCUAAUUUAUUUAGGUUGAGCCCCUCCUUCCCUUAAAACUGUCACCAUGGCUAGCCUGGUGCUCAAUGAGACCGGAAUGGAGAACUGUGGCAUCGACGACUCCUUCAAGUACAACUUGUACUCUGUGGUCUACAGCGUGGUGUUCGUCCUUGGCCUGGUCACCAACUGCGCUGCCCUCUUUGUUUUCUGCUUCCGGAUGAAGAUGCGCAAUGAGACCACAAUGUUCAUGACUAAUUUAGCCUUAUCUGAUUUAGUGUUUGUAUUUACACUGCCGUUCAAGGUUUUCUACAAUGUCAACCGCCACUGGCCGUUUGGAGAUGGACUGUGUAAAGUAUCAGGAACGGCCUUCAUCACUAACAUCUACGGCAGCAUGCUCUUCCUCACCUGCAUCAGUGUAGACCGCUUCUUGGCGAUUGUCUAUCCUUUUCGUUCACGCUCCAUCCGCACUCGCAGGAGUGCAGCGCUGGUGUGUGCAGCAGUCUGGCUGACCAUUGUGGGGGGAGGAAUAUCAGUGACUUUCUUCUCCACCAUCAACAACAACAACAGAGCUACAACCUGCUUCGAGGGCUUCUCCAAGAGCACCUGGAGGACCUACCUGUCCAAAAUCACCAUUUUUAUCGAGAUUGUGGGCUUCCUCAUUCCUUUGCUGGCCAACUUAGUCUGUUCCUCGCUGGUUCUGAGGACACUGCGUCGCCCGGUGACUGUUGGUCAUGGCUGUGACAGCAAGAGACGUGUCCUACGGAUGAUUCUGGUCCAUCUGGGUAUUUUUAUAAUCUGCUUCGUGCCUUAUAACUCCAUCCUCUUCCUCUACGCCCUGGUGCGGACCCAGGCCCUGGCUAACUGUGCUGUGGAGCGCUUUGCACGGACUCUGUACCCCAUCACUCUGUGCUUGGCCAGCCUCAACUGCUGCCUGGACCCUGUGGUCUACUAUUUCACCUCUGAGAGCUUCCAGAAGAGCCUGACCCUGGGAGGGAAAGGGUCCGGAUCCCGGCCUGAGAGCCAGGACACAGCAAACACACUGCCCAGAGACACACACACUCAGAGCAAUGGAAAAGACACAAAGAUGUCUGAGAGUCAGUUUUGAACACGGAAGAAGGAUGGAAAAGGAAACAGAGGUCAGGGUGGAUUUAAGAGACAGGAGCCCUGAGUUGAACAAAAAUGCAAUCAGCUGUUUGUUCAUGGAAGUGACAAACACAUAGCUCAGCAGAUUAGUUAAGUCCUGAGGUAAGUCCUGAGGUAUGGCCUGGGCUUAUGGAUUAAUCCGCCACUGGAGAGCGGAGGAAUGUUAUCUGUGUGUUUAUUAUGAGUGAACGCCACGGGGACCAGAGACACCGUGACUGUUGUGGGGACACAGAGCCUCUAAAAGAGACUCGAAUCAUCACUCAGGCUUAAAACACACAAACAUUCACACAUGCACUGGACUGUGGAUGAGAUGGAAAUCUUCAUCUGCAUUGUUGGAAUGCUGUUAAGUACUUUUGUAACACACUGAGCCCUUAAGUUUUAUUGUUUUAAGCUUUCACAGCACAUUAUAUCAUUUUAGACAUUAAUGUUAUGACACUCUUUAGUGUGGUAAGACCCAUUGUUAUUGUAACUGCAGCGCGCUGACCUGCCUGUGGAGCGUGUCUCAUGUUAACUUUUGAGGCCAUUAAAUGUCUGUUGUGAAUUGUU